AUGUUAAUGCCAAAGCUUCUUUUCAGAGCCACUAGAGAUGGUUUCCGAAGUGCUGAUUUUCAUAGACAUUGUGAUGGAAAAUUGAAAACUGUUACAAUCAUCAAAUCAGACCAGGAUGAUUUAUUUGGUUUUUAUGCUACAAGAGAUUUGGCUUCGAAUUGUGAUGAUUUUGAGAAGGGAAUUCUUAUAAGGGAUGAUGAAUCGUUUACUUUCAGAUUAGAGAAUGACAAGUGUUACACCUUUCAUUUAGAAGAGGAUAAGGCAGAAUGUCCACUUGUUACCUAUGAUAGUACAUUGUUACUUUCAUAUGCUUAUUGUUUUUGGAUUUCUGAUCAGUCAGAUGUGAAAUAUUCAUCGAGUCAAGAGGAUGUUGAGUUGCACAUUCUUCCUCAGAAUAGAUUACCUGGUAAGAAGCAGAGAUAUUUCAGCGAAGAUGAUUUUCUGGUUAAGGAAAUUGAAGUGUUCCAUAUUUUAGACUAA